AAAAUGGAACUGCCCUACGAGGCCCCCAACUGCCCCCGCAUACCGUCCAUUGAGGAAAUCAAUAAGGAGUUGGAGCCAUUUGCACGAUCCUGGGCCGGUGGGUAUACAUGUCGCAUUGACAAUUUCCUAGUGAAAAAGGGCUAUCACCCUGGCAUCAUCCAAGAAGCAGAAACCAUGUUGUUUUUGCAGAACAUACGAGGUAUGCGUGUGCCCAAAGUGUAUACAGCCUUCCGUAGUUUUGACGAGACGUACCAGUGCGACGCGUAUUUCUUCGUCGCAAAAAUCGUCAAAGGAGAAGUCUUGGACUUGGCAAAAUGGAUGGGAUUCAACGAACAGGUCAAACAACUUAUCGGCUCUAAGAUCGCUACACAAUUUAAAAUCAUGCGAUCAAUUCCCUCGGAAGGGUUCUAUGGUACAGUUCAGCAUGGAUCCUGGCCACAUUACACGCACGGUCUUUGUUCACGAUACAAGAAACCAUGCGGUCCUUAUGAGAGC